GUCAAAGAAAAGGUUAUACAGACAUUUCGGUGAGUCCCCUCUUAGGCAACCAGCAAUUCUUGAGGUCUUUCAUUGACAUGAGGGAACAUACUGUACCUAGCUAUUGUGGGGGCCACUAGAUCUGGACGAAUAGGCGCCAUUGUAGAUGUUCUUUUUCCAAAGGGCAGUGGACUUAACACCUCCAUUCAAACUUCAAUGAAGUGGAUUACAAUUGCUUUAUCAUCCUCCGGUCCCUUUCAAGGCGUCAAAAUAUAUAAGCACAGUUGAUUGUGGCGCCUGAAUACUUCUGCAGUUUGAAAAACACCAAAGUACCGGAGGUGUAACCACGAAAUUCGCAGUCGAUUUGUUUUUCUAUAUUAGUCUCGCACCCGCCGCCACAGAACAUUUUGCUACCCCUCAGUCCAGGCUCAGCCAUGGACCCCUACGCUUCCGAGUCAGAUCUCGUGCCUUGGCCUCCCAAAGAAAAGGUGCUAAGUUUGAGAACAGGAAAAGUCCGCCCUCUCACCGGUGACAAGAUCACCUCGGCAAUCAACAAGCAGCCGCGACAGGGUAAAGUGUACCUGACUAAACUCGGCUUCUCUGGCGACGAGCGUCAAUUCGUUCCGCAUCAGUCGCCCGACAACGCCGUCCACCAGUAUGCGAGUAGUCACUACGAGCGUUGGAGGUCAGAUCUGCCUGACCGCGAGACAAAGUUCGUUGUGGGUGCCUUCGGCGAGAACAUCUCUACCCGACAUCUCUCUGAGAACAAUGUCUGCGUCGGCGAUAAGUUUCGACUCGGCGAUGCCGUUGUCCAAGUCACUAUGACGCGCCAGCCGUGCUUCAAGCUAAACCAUCGCUUUGAACACAAGAAGAUGUCCAGCUUGGUGCAGGCCACGGGUCGCACCGGGUGGUUAUACCGCGUGCUUCAAGAAGGAUGGGUCGAAGAGGGCGACGAGAUAGAAUUGAUCGAGCGCAUCAACCCGACAUGGCCACUCUCACGCCUACAGCACUUCCUUUAUACAGAUCGGAACAACACCGAAGCGCUGACGCAACUUACCACUCUCCCAGGCCUCAGCAGUGAAUUCGUCAGGCUCUUCGAGAAGCGUCUAGAGCGAGGCGCCGAAGAUAUGAGUGGCCGUCUGCAAGGCGACGUGGCCAUGCCUUGGAGCUCUUACACGCUCGUCGAGAAAACACGCUUAACCCCACGCGUUCAGAAAUUCAUAUUCGCUCUCGACGAUGAACCUGUCGGCGCAGAGGAGCUUCAUUUCGGUCGCGUCCCGCAUGUCCGCAUCAAGUUCGGGCCUGAAUCCAAGUUUACGCGAGCUUACUCUGUUGUCUCUGGCGAUAUGAAUCGCUUUGAACUAGGCAUCGCAAGAGACGACAAUUCACGAGGCGGGUCUCUUUAUCUUCACGACACUCUGAGUGUAGGCGAUAAAGUGAAAGUAGUCAAGGGUCACACGUCAAACAUCAAAUGGGACACCGAUCACACCCUCCAUGCAAAGAAACAUGUCUUUGUGCUCGGCGGCAUUGGCGUUACGGCUUUCCUCGGCGAGAUUCGAAAACUCCUCGAGCAAUGCGUUCAGUUCGAGGUCCAUUACGCCGUGAGAAGCUUGGCGGAUGCUGCGUACCUGGACCAGCUACCGAGCGCACAUACAACUGUCUAUGCAAAGUCCGAAGGGCAGCGAUUACGAGUUGCAAGCAUAAUUCCUUCUCUCGAAAACAACGCCGAUCCCAAUGUUGUGGUCUACUGCUGCGGUCCGACGGGUCUGAUUGAGGAAACUCGCAGCAUCACUACGGCGCUGGGGUAUCCCCGGUCGCACGUCCACUUCGAGGAAUUCGGCGGUGCCGCGACAGGCACCGGGGAUCCAUUCGAGGUCGAAAUCGAAGCAACUGGGAAGGUUCUACAAGUCCCUCAGGAGAAGUCUCUUCUCCAAGUUCUGAACGAGGCUGGCUUCGACAUCGACUCGUCCUGUCUAGCAGGUAAUUGCGGAGCGUGCAUGGUUGAAUAUUGUAAGGGCGAGGUCGUGCAUCAGGGUGUUGCUUUAGAUGAUGAACAGAAGAGCUCGAGUAUGCUUUCAUGCGUCAGUCGCGGAAAGGGGAGAAUCACAGUCAAGUGUUAGAUUUCUGUUGUUAGUCUCAAUUUAGCAAUUUUCUCAUGCGUAUGAAUAGAUUUAUUCCCAUUCUCA